AUGUCGGACAGGCGCGUCGAAAAUCCCAAGGCCAAAGAGGCCAAAGAGGUAAAAGAGGAAAAAGAGGCAAAAGAGGCAAAAGGUGAAAGGGAAAGGUCAAGUCACCAACGCUUCGCAUCCCUUGCCUGCAAGAAUAAGGAUCAGCAGGAGGAAAGACAGCAUCGAGCUGCUGGUUGUGGUUGUACACACAUCUGCACUCAACGUUCCUUUGCAGACACACCUCACUCGACACUGGCAACGGCCACGCCGGGCACGGACCCGUUCUGGACGCUACGGAGGGCGUUUGUGGGCAGAGGCAGAGGACGACGGCCGUAUUGUCCAACGGAAAACGCCGUGCGUCGUAUGUCGUCGACCACAAACCAAGCGUGGGCUGGAGACCGUCGUCUUGGUCUCCCUUGGGAGCUUUGGAGAGGGCGGGCGGAGAGAAGGGAGGCCGAGACAACGCAAACUGGUGCUGUCUGA